AUGGAGCCUUUGAGUGACCCAAUGAGAGAUAGAGUUGUAAAAGACCUCCCUCCGCCUCCUCACAGACCCUUGGCACAUGAUUUGGUUUUUCCCCAAGGCAGUAAUAAAUAGUCAGGCUCAAAGCCAAAUUGAACAAUUGUACGGGACCAUUUAGCGAGAGAAGGAACUUUGACAAAGCUAGAUGUUAUGUUUAUUAUUAAUAAGACUAUCGAUAUCCUUGCAAGAGAGCCAAAUUUAAUCCGGCUUCAGGACCCUCUCCUGGUGAUCGGCGACAUUCAUGGCCAAUUUUUUGAUCUGUUAAAAAUCCUUGAAUAAUAUUAAAGUGGCCCAGUGCGGAAUUCGUUCUCUCCAAGAAAUAUUCCUUCUUUCGCCUUUAUUAUUAUGGGUUCAGUUUUCUAUGUGGACCUUUAUAUCCGCAACACCAAUAUGGAAUACCGCAUAAGGUAUUUCUUUGGUCCAGGCAUUAGGAGACUUAUGGUUUUUUCUGCUUGACACACUCGAGGAGGGUACCCUUAGGUGGAGCACGCGCAGGAGUCAAGUUCGGGAGAGGCAACGCGGCCAAACAGACCUUCUGGCCUGAUGGGUGCGUCUUCUGGAAUGCUUGCGAGACAAGAUGGCUGCUGACGUCACCAGUUGGGAGUUAAAAAGAUGGGCUUAUGCAUGCCUAAAUCAUCCUGCUGAAGAGGGAAGACACUUUAAAUACCUUCUAACUAAGUAUGUUAAAAAUCCUUGAACUUGGCGGAAGUCCAGAAAAAAACAAAUACUUAUUCUUACUCCUCCCUCCGUGAGUAAACAAAAAAAUCUUGUUCGCUCACUGUUAAUUUUUUUUUAAAACAAUUUAUAUAAUUUUUAUAGAAAAUUUUUUUUUUCGAAAUUUUAAAAAAAAUCCUAAUUCGCAAAAAUUGGAAGUAAAUAUUAAUUUAAUUUAUAACAUUUAUGUUUUAAAACGCAAAUUUUUUAAAAUUAAACAGAAUUAGUUAGAGAUGUCAUUAUACUAAUUACCACUUAUAUAUCAAAUUUUUUUUUCAUAAAAAAGUUUUUUAGUAAAAAAAUUUUCACUCACGGAGGGUGGGUUGUUGGGCAAAAAAAUAUGGAUUUUUCUAAUGGUUUUGUUCACUCACGGAGUGGGAGUUAGGAGAUUACGUUGAUCGUGGUUCUUUUUCUUUAGAAGUUAUUAUUUUGAUUUACUGUUUGAAGUUAAAUUACCCAGAUCUGGUUUUCUUGCUUCGUGGAAAUCAUGAAUGCAGGCAGCUGACUUCGUAUUUUACGUUCAGAAUUGAGUGUAUUCAGAAAUAUGACUCAGAAGUAUAUGAAAAGAUAAUGGACAGCUUUGACUGCUUGCCUGUUGCAGCAACAGUCAAUGAUAACUUCUUAUCAGUGCAUGGAGGCCUGUCUCCACACCUGAAAAAUAUUGGAGAUAUUGACCAUGUAUACCGCUUUGAAGAGCCACCCAAAGAUGGGAUGUUCUGUGAUUUAUUGUGGGCAGAUCCAAUUGAUAACGCAAAUGGGGUAAUGCCUUCAUCAUAUAUUCAAAAUACUACAAGGGGUUGCAGCUAUUUAUACGGGGCUGAUGCAGUGAAUGAUUUUUUACAACAAAAUGAUCUCAUUGCGCUGAUUCGUGCGCAUGAAGUGCAGGCAGAUGGGUAUAAAAUGCAUAGAUGGGCAGGUGACGACGAUUUUCCUCUUGUCAUUACAGUGUUUUCAGCUCCUAAUUACUGUGAUGUCUACAACAACAAAGGAGCUAUUAUAAGGUUCACAAACAACACAUUGAAUGUCCAGCAGUUCAACUACAGCCAUCAUCCUUAUCUUUUGCCAAAUUUUAUGAAUGUCUUUAACUGGAGCUCACCUUUCAUUAUAGAGAAAGUCAUGGCAAUGCUUUAUAAUAUUCUAAAGCCCAGGUACGGAGAAAAAAAUAUUGGCUUUGAUUCUGUAGCUAAAAAAAGAUUGAUUGGUCUGGAAUCUGAAGCCAAAGAAUCCAAGAAGAAUCUACUGAAAAACAAGGUAAAUGCAGUCUCUAGGAUGAUGAGAAUGUUUAAGACACUUAGAGAAGAGCACGAAACUGUAGUGCUGCUCAAAGGCAUGUGCCCUGAUAACAAAAUUCCUAGAGGGCUUUUACUGGAAGGGCGAUCAGCACUGAUGGUUGCAGUGGACAGGUUUAGACAUGCAAGGAUGCUGGAUAUUGACAAUGAAAGAAGACCAAGAUAA